AUGUCGAACCCCACGAAAGGCCCAAAACUAGAGGAUUCUUCGAUAACUUUGUUCAAGUCCAUCGGCCUCACUCAGGCCAAGGCUGCAGAGGCCUCCAAGUCUCCUAAAUGUGCGGCCUUACUGAAGAAGCUUAUCGAAGACAAUUCGCUUGUUUCCCGCAAAUUGGAUGAAAAACAAGCUGGACUCAUCGCUGCUUUCGCUUCACAACUGGCUAAAUCCAACGGCAUCGAUGCACGAUCGGAAAAAUAUGUCCUAGAUACGAUCUUAGAUGGGAAAUUGAAGUCGGUAGAUCAAGUUGCAGCGGGAGUAAAGUAUGCAGAAUCACAUUCUAUUCCGUUCGAUGAUGCCGAUUUCGAUAAGGCGUGCGGUGUUGGAUUCAGCAUAAGCCUAGAAGAAAUACUAGAACAUGUCACAGCCUAUAUCAAAUCGAAUUCAGUCUCUGGAUGGGCAAAUUUGGGCGGAACAAUUAGCGGCGUGAAGGCCAUACCGGAACUUCGCUGGGCUAGUCCGCUCGAAGUGAAGAACGCUGUGGAACAAGCUUUCAUCAGCAAUUUUGGGCCAAAGCAGGCUGCACCAGCGAAAGGAAAAGAACCAAAAAAAGACACCAAGCUCGCUACAGCGUCUGGAAGUGCCUCCUCCGCAACCAAGUCGGUGUUUGAAGAAGGUUUUCUCGGAGCCCUGCAUAAACCAGGCGGCAAUCCCCAGAUCCAUCCUCAUCUACGAGAACAACACUUGAAUGCUACUCAAGGAGCUGUAUGGACCCGGUUCCCUCCAGAGCCCAAUGGUUAUCUUCACAUUGGUCACUCGAAGGCCAUCUUUGUAAAUUUUGGAUAUGCUGCGUUCCAUGGUGGCAAAUGUUAUCUACGGUACGAUGACACGAAUCCGGAGAAGGAGGAAGAGCGAUAUUUUGAAAGCAUCUUGGAAACAGUUCGAUGGUUAGGUUAUGAGCCUUGGAAGAUCACAUACUCCAGUGACUAUUUUGAUGAGUUGUAUGAAUUGGCAGUCGAGCUCAUUCGACGCGACAAAGCCUAUGUCUGUCACUGCUCUCAGGAACAAAUCAAAAAUGAUAGAGGACUCAAGGUUGGCAAACCGAAACCAUGUGUCCAUCGGGAUCGCCCUGUAGGUGAAUCUUUAACCGAGUUCGAGAAGAUGAAGAACGGAGGAUAUCGACCCAAAGAAGCCAAUCUACGAAUGAAGCAGGAUCUUGAAGAUGGAAAUCCUCAAAUGUGGGAUUUGACCGCAUACCGGGUGCUAGAUAGCCCACACCAUCGUACAAAGGACAAGUGGAAGAUCUACCCUACAUACGAUUUCACCCACUGCUUGGUCGAUAGUAUGGAGAACAUAUCACAUUCACUGUGCACAACGGAAUUCAUUCUUUCUCGUCAAUCGUACGAAUGGCUCUGCGAUGCUGUAGAGGUCUAUAAACCUCGUCAAUCCGAAUACGGACGACUCAACCUUGAGGGGACAGUGAUGUCAAAACGGAAAAUCCUCACCCUCGUCGACGAGGGCUUCGUGAAUGGCUGGGAUGACCCUCGGUUGUACACUUUGAUAGCUCUCAGACGUCGUGGUGUUCCGCCUGGCGCCAUCCUGUCAUUUGUUAGCUCGCUCGGCGUUUCUACGGCCAGUUCCAACAUUGAGAUCAACCGCUUCGAGCAAGCCGUUAGGCAAUACCUUGAAGGAUCUGUUGCGCGGCUGCUCAUGGUCAUGCAACCAUUGAAGGUUACGAUCGAAAACCUUUCGGAGGAUUAUUUGGAAUGGAUCGAAAAGCCUUUCCACCCCAAAGUAGCCGCACUUGGAAACACUAGAAUACCAUUCACUCGCACCAUCUACAUAGAUUCCGAAGAUUUUAGACUAGAAGACUCGGAAGAUUAUUUCCGUCUUGCACCUGGCAAAACUGUUGGCCUGUUCCAAGCUCCUCAUCCUGUGACCUGUACAUCAUACAAGUUACAUCCUACUUCUGGAAAAGUGACCGAGCUCUUCUGUCGUCUGGAGAAUGGUGGGAAUGUCAAGAAGCCAAAGGCCUUCAUACAGUGGGUGGCAGAGCAUACACCGUCUGGGAGCCCUGUUCGUAUCGAAGAAACUCGUGUAUUCCAUCGCCUUUUCAAGAGCGACAAUCCUCCUUCCGACUUCAGAUCUGAUAUCAACUCAGACAGCUUGGAGACAAUCGAAGGUGCAAUGAUGGAAAUUGGCUUCUGGGACCUCGCCAGGCGGUCCAUCGCUGGGGCGCGUGAAGAGAGUAAAGCACGAGCGGAACUAGUAGGGAAAGAGUGCGUACGCUUCCAGGGUCUCAGAACUGCAUAUUUUGCAUUGGAUAAGGAUUCUCGCGUGAGAUGUCUGGAGGAUGAGACGGGUAAUGCCCCUCCCGCUCGCAUGCAAGGUGAUUACUUAGUUUUGAAUCGAAUCGUCUCCUUAAAGGAGGAUGCUGGGAAGGCGCUUUGA